UGGACAGCUGAAUCCCGUCAAGGCGACGUCUAUCCUCAAGAAAAAUGCCAAGAGCACCACGGAAUCAUAACAAAACCUACAAGGUCCCUCGUCGACCAUUCGAGUCUUCCCGUCUCGAUGCUGAGCUCAAGCUUGCUGGCGAGUACGGCCUUCGCAACAAACGUGAAAUCUGGCGUAUCGGUCUCGUCCUUUCGAAAAUUCGUCGUGCUGCUCGUGAGCUCCUCAAGCUCGAAGACAAAGACCCUAAGCGACUUUUCGAGGGUAACGCCCUCAUCCGUCGUCUUGUCCGGAUUGGUGUCCUCGACGAGACUCGCAUGCGGCUUGAUUACGUGUUGGCAUUGAAGGUCGAAGAUUUCUUGGAACGUCGGCUGCAAACUCAGGUGUUCAAGACUAACCUUGCAAAGAGUAUUCAUCACGCCCGUGUGCUCAUCAGGCAACGCCACAUUCGUGUUGGAAAGCAAAUCGUUAAUGUGCCAUCGUUUGUGGUCCGUCUGGAUUCACAGAAACACAUUGACUUCGCCCUCACCUCGCCAUACGGAGGUGGACGUCCUGGUCGCGUCAAGCGCAAGCGCGCUGCUGCCGCAGCCAAGAGGGAAGAGGGUGGAGACGAGGAGGAGGAAGAGUAAACGCUUCACUAUUACUUAUAUUAGGUUGUAUGUCAUUUCCUACAUCACGAUGUCCUUCCAUGCUAUGGACAUAUGCCAAAACACUCCAUGACCUCACUUCUGUUUACUUCUCCGAUAGUGAAUUACUAAG